AUGGUUGCGCGAAACCAGGGACGUGCGGGCGCCGCAGGCACCCCGGGUAACGCGGGGAACAAUCAGCAGCGUAUAAGAUCUCCUCAGGAGAUUCCUCAAAGCAUCUUGCGCUCCAUGAUGACGUCAGCGGCGGGGCUCGUCCCCCCGCCGCCGCAUUCGCCGGUUCCCACCUUAGAUCUGGCCAGCGCUAGUAGCAUCUUCGCGCUCCUUAAUCCGGAUGUAGCCGCGGCGCGACUCGGCGGAAUGGCGCAAGCUGGUAACGGCGGUCGCGGCGGUACUGGCGGCGGCAUUAGCGGCGGCAGUAGCGGCGGCAUUAGCGGCGGUACUGACGGCGGUUUCCGCGGCAGCGGUGGAAGCGGGGCGAGGCAAAUUCUGGGCUCCGCAGGGGCAGGUGGUUCGCUUCCGGUCGCGGCGGCGGCACGAGCAGCGCCGCAUUCGGCGCCGUCUGUUCCGCCGCCGCGCCCGCCGGCGGCGGUAUGGCCGGCGGCUCAGCAGAUUGGGGCGCAUCUGACGGCUAGCUGGGGGAACACGGGGCCCGAGACGGUCAAUGCACUCGUUACAAGCAAUCGCGGAUCCGUUGUAAGCAUACCUGGUGGUAGUAACGGGGACAGGUCUAUGGGUAGUGGCGAUAACCAAUGUGGCACAUGGGCCCUGGGGCAGGUAGGUCUUUCCUCUGGAAAUGUUGGUGGAACUUUCCAGACGAUUCAGCCAGCUGCACAGGCGUUACUCGGUCAGGUGAAUCCUCGGGUGAAUAGUCAGGUGGCUCCUCCGCGCCCUAUCGCGGAGUUGCUUCUGGGCCAGUAUCUUUUGGCUCAGCAGCAGCAGCAGCAGCAGCAGCAGCAGCAGUGGCAAUUAGGCAGUAGAUUAGAUUCGCCCUGCCUACCUUUGCCACGCACCACCACAACCGCAGCAGCGAAUGCGACAAAUCUUGCCGCCCGCACUGUUUACAGAACCCCCUCUGGCACGAGCAGCGGCACUGCGGUGCAAAUGAGCAUAGGCAACACGUCCCUCUCGUUACAGUCACAACCCAGCCCCAUGUCAGUGGCGGCGUUACAGUCACAACCCAGGCCCAUGUCCGUGUCUGCAGCAGACUAUCUUGAUCUCGCUGCGUGCGCCUCCCUCCCCCAAGCCAGCAGCCCUUCCCUCUCCUCCCAGCCACCACUGCAACGUGGCACACCAACAGGAGCAGUAGGAGUGGGAGUGGGAGUGGGAGUAGGAGGAGCAGGAGCAGGAGUAGGAGCGGGAGUAGGAGCAGGAGGAGCAGCAGGAGGAGUAGUAGGCUAUGCAGCAGAAAUUCGUUCUGGAAGCAGGUUUGGCAUGGGCUUGGGGGCAGGGGCGGCUAUGGUUGCUGGUAGAUCCGCGUCUGCAGAGGGAUUGCGUCCGUUGAGCAUGUAUGCUGGGGGAGGAGCAGCUGUUGGAGCGAUGCCAGCGACAGCGUUGCCAGCAGCGGCAAUGCCAGUGCCAACAGCAGCAGUGGGAACAGAAGUGGCAGCGGAAGGCAUGCGUUCCUUGGGUGCGUUUGGCGGAGGCGAAACGGCACGUGGGGCAUCAGCAGGCGGAGUCCCAUCAGCAGCACCAGCAGUGGCAGCAGAAGCAGCAGUGGAAGCGGAGGUGCAUUCUCUAGAGGCUCUAGAACGGCUUCUGAAUCUGGACUCUUCGUAUGUGCCCCAUGCAUCUACUCUUCAUGCGCCGUCGGAGAAUUUUCAGAAUGCCGAAAGGUCGAGUGAGCAGGUGCGAGAACAGGUGCUGGAUUUAGACUCGGCUGGUGUGCUGCUGGGGCGAGUGGAGCGGCUGAGAGCGCAGCUGGUGGAGAGGAAACGGCUGCUGGAACAGCAAUCGAUGCUGCAGCAGCAGCAGCAGCAGCAGCAGCAGCAACAACAACAGCAACAACAGUCUCAGCAGCAGCAGCAGAUGCAGCAGCAUCAACAGCAGCAGUUUCAGCAGCAGCAGCAGCAGCAGCAGCAGCAGCAGCAGCAGCAGCAGCAGCAGCAGCAGCAGCAGCAGCAGCAGCAGCAGCAGCAGCAGCAGCAGCAGCAGCAGCAGCAGCAGCAGCAGCAACAGCAACAGUUUCAGCAGCAGCAGCAGCAGCAACAACAGCAGUUUCAGCAGCAGCAGCACUUUCAGCAGCAUCUGCAGCAGGAGCAACAACAGCAACAACAUCAGCAGGUGCAGCAGCAACAGCAGCAACAACAGCAUCAGUUUCAGCAGCAGCAACAGCAACAACGACAACAGCAACAGCAGCGGCAGGAGCAGCAGCAGCAGCAGCAGCAACAAGAGCAGCAGCAACAAGAGCAGGGCGAGGCUAUGGGUCUCAGUGCUGGCGAUUUGCAAUCCAACACAGCAGCAGCAGCAGCAGCAGCAGCACCACCACCACCACCAGCAGCAGGAGCAGGAGCAGCAGCAACAGUAGGAGCAGUGGUGUCAGCAGCAGUGCCAGGGGUUAUGGGACUCAGUUCGGGUGAGUUGCCUUCCAACACAGCAGCAGCAGAGGCAUCAUUGCCGGAGGUUUUGAACCUGAGUGGGGGUGAGCUGCCGCCGAACCUGGCGGCAGCAGUGGAGGAAUUGCAACGAGUUUUAGCGUCCUCCCAGCAGCAGCAGCAGCUGCUGGAUCGGCACUCCCAACAGCACACACAGGAGCAGCAGCAGCAACAGUCACCACAGCAGCAGCAAAUGGCGCAGCAGCAGACACAGCGGGGGCAGGAGGACAGACAGAGGGCAGCGCAGCAGGAGGGAGGGGAGGGUGUAGGGGGAAUGGGCGGUUUCGGUGUGAUUGUAAACGAGGAGGGCUUAUCGAAGGGCACGUGGUUACCAGAGGAGGAUCGGGUGCUGAUGGAGUAUGUGGAGUGUUACGGGGCCAAGAACUGGGGUAACCUGGUAACCAAGGGGCUGCUGAGACGCUCUGGAAAGAGUUGUAGGCUGCGAUGGGUGAACCAGCUGAAGCCGGGCCUGCAGAUCGCGAGGCACCUGUCCAUUACUGACAGCACCUGCCACCAGGGCGGACGGACGCCCAGAGACGUUUCCCCUUCUCACGCCCACUUCUCCCUCCCAACCCCCUCCUCCCCUCCUUCAGGAGACGCUGGGCAACAAGUGGGCGCAGAUCGCAAGGCACCUGCCGGGGCGAACAGACAACGAUGUGAAGAACUUUUGGAACCUGCACCUCAAGCGGAUGCAGCGGCUGCGACGGCAGAGGGAGCAGAAAGGGAGACAUGCUGCCCGCUGCCCACCAUCCAGGAAGGCCCGGACGCCCUUCAUACCCGAGAAGGGCUGGAUGCUGUUGUUCAGAUGCAUGGCGGUGUGGGUCAGGUGCAAGGAGGUGUGCCUUUUGAGACGUCUCACAAGUCCCUUCAUACCCGAGAAGGGCUGGAUGUUGUUGUUCAGAUGCAUGGCGGUGUGGGUCAGGUGCAAGGAGGUGUGCCCUCUGAUGCUGCAUUGGAAUGGGGCGUGGCUACGGCUGCUCAUGCUGCUGCUGGUGAUGCUGUCGGUGAGGUUCCCACAGUUUGGCUGCAAGAGCCGAAGCACCAGCAACAGCAGCAACAUCAACAGCAGCAACAUCGACAGCAGCAGCAGCAGCAGCAAGAGCACCAGCAACAGCAGCAACAGCACCAGCAACAACAGCAGCUGCAGCAGCAGCAACAACAAAAGCAGCAUCAGCAGCAGCAGCAGCAGCAGCAGCAGCAGCAGCAGCAGCAGCAGCAGCAGCAGCAGCAGCAGCAGCUUGAAUGGGAGCAAGAGCAACAACAUCAGCAGCAUCUGCAGCAAUAUCAACUUCAACAGCGGCAGCAGCUACACCAGCCACCAGCUCAGCCGUUCUCUGAAGCACCUCAAAAGCUCAGGCACAACCCGAGAACGAUCCUGCAGCCCACACUACCACCAGCAGAGAAGCAGCUUUUACACCAGCCGCCAACACAGUUGCCAGCAUCGGCUCAAGCAUUCCCUGAGGCACCUCAAAAGCUCAGGCACACCCAGAGGACGAUUCGGCAGCCACCACUACCGCCAGCAGAGAAGCAGCUUCUACACCAGCCGCCAGCGCAGGUGCCGGCAUCGGCUGUAGCGCGGCCGCAGGCAGUGAGGCGAAGCAGGACAGGGGAGCAGCGGCCUAAGGUGUCACUGCACCAGAGGAGGCUCCAGAGAAAUGCUUCUGCUAGUGCUGUGGCUGGAGGUGGGGGCAGUGAGAGGGCUGGCAGUGGUGCGAGCGGUGCUAGCGGUGGGAGCCGUGGGAGUGGUGAGAGUGGUGGGACUGGUGGGGGGUCUGCGAGUUUUGGGGGGUCUGUGAGUGGUGCGAGUGGCGGGGAGGAUGGUGGUGUGACGGAGGGAGGGGAAGGAGGAGGGGAGCAGCGGGUGCUGCGAGCGAGCAGCCUGCCAAAUGUGCCCAGAGCUGGGAGCUGGAGGGAUGGUGGGAGCUUUGGAGGAGCGAUUGGGAGCUUUGGAGGGGCGGAUGGUGGGAGGUGGACGAUGGGAGAGGCGGCAGCGGCUGCUGUCGCUGCUGUGGACUGCCACAAGCCUACCAGCAGCGACAGCAGCAGCGGCCCAGUAGCCUCUGGCGAGUUCCUAAACAUAGAAGACUGGCUGCAAACCCCCACUCCGCCCCCUCGCCGCACCCCCUGCUCGCCUUUCUACAUCAACCUCUCUCCCUCCGCCCGGCGACUGCGCUCCCCCCGCUCCCCCUCCCCCCGCACGGUUGCUCAGCAGCAGCAGUACCCCCCUGCUUCCCCCCGCCCGCUUGCCUCGUG